AUGUCAAGGUUUCUUGGAGGGCUCAACCGAGAAAUACAAGAUAAGGUAGAGAUGCAACACUAUGUGGAAAUAGAAGAGAUGUUGCAUAAGGCCAUUCUAGUGGAGCAGCAGCUCAAGAGGAAGGGACAUUCACGUGGAAGCUAUGGGACUACUCGGUUCCAAAGUCCUAAGGAAGAUAAGCCUAACUACCAGAAGGAGAGUAAACCUUAUCAGAAAGAUGAUACCAAGCCUAGCAACAUUUACAGCAAGGACAAAGGAAAGACAGGAGCCACUGGGGAGUAUAUGUCUCAAGAUGAGAAGAUACACACUGAUCAUGAGCAGACUGAAGAGGAGUUUGAAGAAGAACCGAUCAAGGGAAGGUUGCUAGUGACAAGAAGGCUCUUGAAUCUUCAAACUAAGACAGAUGAGAUUGAGCAGCGAGAGAACUUGUUCUACACUAGGUGUUUGGUUCAAGGGAAGGUAUGUAGUCUUAUCAUUGAUGGAGGCAGCUGCGUCAACGUGGCUAGCGAAACUAUGGUCAAGAAAUUGGGUUUGCAAGUUCAGAAGCAUCCAAAACCAUAUAGACUGCAGUGGCUUAAUGAGCAGGGCGAGAUGAGGGUCUCUGAUCAAGUAAUGGUACCUAUAACCAUAGGGAGAUAUGAGGAUGAGAUCUUAUGUGAUGUGAUACCUAUGGAAGCAAGCCAUAUUCUUCUCGGACGACCAUGGCAAUCUGAUAGACAUGUGAUACAUGAUGGCUUCACCAACAAGCACUCGUUUGAAUUCAGAGGAAAGAAGACAGUGCUGGUGCCAUUAACCCCUAAAGAAGUGCAAGAGGAUCAGCUCCAUCUACAAAAAAAGAAAGAGAUUGAACUCAAAACUGAUCUCAACAAGCAGCAUAGCUUCUAUGCCAAACAGGGAGAUGUCAAACGAAUUCUCUACUCUCAAAACUCUAUUUUGUUGCUUGUGUUUAAAGAAUCUUUGCUAACCACCACUGAUCAUACACCGGACCAUCCGAGUGAACUAGUUUCUCUUUUACAGGAAUAUGCAGAUGUGUUUCCAGAAGAUAGUUCCAAUGGUUUACCUCCAGUUCGUGGGAUUGAGCAUCAGAUAGACUUUGUACCUGGUUCCACACUACCAAACCGACCUGCAUACAGAACUAAUCCAGUGGAGACUAAAGAAUUGCAAAGACAAGUAGAGGAACUGAUGGAGAAGGAUGGAGUGAAGGUUGAUCCCGAGAAGAUCAAAGCCAUACAAGAGUGGCCAACUCCAACUACAGUGGGAGAAGUGAGGAGUUUUCAUGGGCUAUCAGGAAUUGGAAUUGGUGCUGUAUUGAUGCAGGAUAAAAGACCCAUAGCAUACUUCAGUGAGAAGCUUGGAGGGGCAACUCUCAAUUAUGCAACGUAUGACAAGGAGUUGUAUGCUUUGUGA